GAGCGCUUUGUCGAGGACUAUCCUCAUCCUGCUGGGUCUCCUAUAUCUCGCGGCAAGACACAGUUUGAGCAAGUCCGUGAUGAGCAGGACGCUGCUGGGGUCAGUCCUUGGGCGCCAUUCGCUGAUGAAGAUGACUGGCGCUUGAGUGAGUGGCUCAUUCGCAACGUUGGGAAGGGUCAGACAGAGGAGUUUCUGAAACUGCGAAAGAUCUCAGAGCACGCUUGUCCCUCCUAUAAGAACACGCGGUCAUUCCUGCAGAAGAUUGAUAGUAUCCCGACACAGGGCACCAAGUGGCACCGGGAUAUUGUGACCGUCGGGGGUGACCGUUUCAAUGAGGAUGGUAAGAUCAUGCAGGAGGAGCUGGAACUCUGGCGUCGGGACCCUGUGGAUUGUAUUCGGGAACUGAUUGGAAAUCCUGCCUUCCGGGAUAACCUUGUGUAUGUGCCUGAACGUGUCUAUCGCGAUGAUGCCUCUCGUGUCCGGGUGUAUGAUGAGAUGUGGACUGCGGAUUGGUGGUGGGACAUCCAGGACCGCCUGCCAAAGGGUGCUACUGUUGCACCCGUUAUCGUCUCGUCUGAUAAGACCAAGCUAUCCAACUUCCGUGGUGACAAGUCUGCAUGGCCUGUCUACCUUACUAUUGGCAACUUGCAGAAGGAAACCCGGCGUCGACCAUCCUCGAAGGCCAUGGUACUCAUUGGCUAUCUUCCUGUGAGCAAGCUUGAUUGCUUUACAGAGCGUGCUCGAUCGGUAGCAGGUUAUCGCCUGUUCCAUUACUGCAUGUCAAUAUUACUGGCUCCACUCGUUGCUGCAGGUCGAGAAGGGGUUGACAUGACUUGUGCAGAUGGAUUUGUUCGUCGUGUCUUCCCCAUCUUAGCUGCCUAUGUUGCAGAUCAUCCUGAACGUUGCUUGGUAGCAUGUUGCAAGGAGAACCGCUGUCCUCAGUGCCAAGUUAGAUGGGAAGACUCAGGAAGCCUUCUAGAGACCAUCUACCGUGAUCCUGAACGUACCAAAGUCAUCUUGGAGCAGCAUGCAACUGGGCGACGAGUACAAGCUUUCAAGUCUGAGGGCCUGCGUUCCGUGGCAAAGCCGUUCUGGACAGAGUUACCCCAUACCGACAUCUUCACCGCUCUCACUCCCGAUAUCUUGCAUCAAUUGCACAAAGGGGUUUUCAAGGACCAUCUGGUUGACUGGUGCUUGCAUAUCUCUGAUGAAGAUGAAAUUGAUGAUCGUUAUCGCUGCAUGAUUGAUCAUCCUGGUUUGCGCCACUUUAAAAAUGGUAUCUCUGCGGUUUCCCAAUGGACUGGUACUGAGUUUAAAGAGAUGGAGAGGGUCUUUGCAGGACUGCUAUCUGGUGCUGUCCAUCCUACUGCUGCAAAAGCUGCUCGGGCCACCCUGGAUUUUAUUUAUUAUGCUCAAUUUCAAACCCACACCUCAGAUACAUUGGAUGCUUUGCAAGCAGCACUCCAGGAAUUUCACAAUAAUAAAGACAUCUUCAUUGCUCUGGGGGCUAGGGAGCAUUUCAAUAUCCCAAAGCUGCAUGCCAUGCAGCAUUACAUUGACUCUAUUCGCUCACGUGGGUCAGCUGAUGGUUUCAACACUGAACUUCCUGAACGGCUCCAUAUUGACUAUGCCAAGGAUGCUUACCGUGCAAGUAACAAGCGCAAUUAUGUGGAGCAGAUGGCAAGGUGGCUAGAGAGACAAGAGUCUGUGGAGCGUUUCAACUCCUAUUUGGCCUGGCUCAAUGUCUCAUCUGAUUUGGGUGGUACUAGAGAUGAUGAAGAUUGGGGCUAUGAUGAUGAAGAUAGUGAUGCAGGUGAUGAUGAAGAGGAAGAUUCUCACUUACAGGUCAGCAAGCAACCAGACAUUCCCUCGGAGAGGUGUCUCCUUGCACAACGUCCAGCAUUCCCUGCUUCAAAGGUUCAAGAUAUCAUUCUGAAUCACCAUGCGACAGAGUUCCUUCCUGCUCUGUCCAAUUACCUUCAAGAGACUUGUCCACCUGGGAUGGCUGGGAAGGUAAUGUUACCUAAUGAAUAUGAUCGGUUCGAUGUAUACAAGCAGGUCAAGGUCCGACUUCCCCAAGUCCCAAUCCUUGAACUCAAGCCACGGCUGGAUAGGAUCCGAGCCAUCCCUGCUAGUCUGUCCAAUCAGAGAAAUGGUUUGGGUGUGGGUCACUUCGACACAGUCCUGGUGAAGGUAGAGAAUAGGAAUGAUUAUAUUUCUGGUACUGGACUCAGAGGGCUCCAAGUAGCCCAAGUGCGAGUGAUAUUUGCACUUCCACCAUACUUGCGGAGUCAUGCGCAACAUUCUCAAUACCUUGCCUAUAUUGAAUGGUUCACCCCAUUCCGUUCACAAGAUCAUGACCUUCAUCUCUACUCUGUGUCCCGCAGUACAAGGAAUGGUCGACCAAAUGCUCAAAUCAUUCCCUUGGAUGACAUCUUCCGCAGUUGUCAUUUAAUUCCUAAAUUUGGUACUUCAGUGAGUCCGGAGUGGUCAUCUGAGAAUGUACUAGAGAAGUGUAAGACCUUCUACCUCAAUAGCUGGAUUGAUUUUGUCAUGUUUUAUCAG